AUGGCUGUCUCGACGUAUAAAAUAGAGUCCGCAGAUGACAAUCUUGUCGGAAAGCGCGAGCUUGCUUCGACCGGCCAUACUAAUGAUAUAGACGACCUCAAUGCGCUCGGCUACAAGGCCGAGCUGCAGCGCAACCGGUCCAUGUUUACAUUGCUCUUCCAGUCCCUCGCCGUGGCAGCUAUUCCGUACGGCUUUGGUUCGACACUUAUAAAUGCCGUCUACGGUGGUGGACAACUGGCCAUAUUCCUCACCUGGAUCGUAGUCUGCCUUCUCGAUGAAUGCAUCGCUAUCUCCCUGGCAGAGCUUGCGGCGAAAUACCCCACGUCUGCCGGACCGUAUUACUGGUCCUUCCAAAUCGCCGGACCGCGAUACCGAACCCUCCUUUCAUUUAUAACGGGUUGGACUUGGCUGAUUGGUAACUGGAGCAUAACGCUCUCUGUCAACUUUGGCUUCGCGUCUCUGCUGGCAGCCACUGUGAAUAUCUACCACCCCGACUACGUAUGGCAGCCGUGGAAACUGGUCAUGAUUUGUUAUGGGCUAUGCCUUGUUACCUUUGUCAUCGUCGCAUUUGGAAACAAGUUUCUGCCGACGGUCGAUACAUUUUGCGCGGCAUUCACCGCCCUCACCAUUAUUGUCGCCUGUAUAUGGCUUUCGGUAAGAGCCAAAGAUGGCCGGCAUUCUGUAUCAUACACACUGGGACACUACGAUGACACAUUAUCUGGCUGGGGUGGGUUCUCUUUUUUUAUAGGGGCUUUACCACCAUCGUACACAUUCUCUGCGAUUGGAAUGAUUACUUCCAUGGCCGAAGAGUGCGGGGACGCGACUAUAAAGCUUCCCCGAGCCCUUGCACUGGCCGUGCCAGUUGGAUGUAUUGCAGGGCUAUUCUUUGUAAUUCCGAUCUGUGCAACACUCCCGGACUUGCAAGACAUAUUAACUGCGCCGCUCGGCCAGGCCAUCCCGUACAUCUUCCUCCGUGUCCUGGGUAGCGAAGGCGGAGCACUAGCUUUGACUGCGCUGAUUCUCGUAAUCACCGUACUCUGUUCCAUAUCGAUCACUGUUGCCGCCUCAAGAUGCACCUGGGCAUUUGCACGCGACAACGCUAUUCCGCUGGCCGGCGUUUGGUCCAAAGUCAAUGAUCAGCACGGCACACCGAUUUGGGCGUUGACCCUCACAACCUUGGUCCAGAUGCUUCUCAGUCUGAUAUAUUUGGGGUCGAGCUCUGCGUUUAAUGCUUUUGUAUCCGUUGGGGUAGUUGCACUUGCCGUAUCAUACGGUUUCCCAAUUGCCCUGUCUAUGCUUUCGCGCCGAGUGGGCGUGAACACGGCACCGUGGAGUUUCGGAGGCAAAUUCGGCUGGGUCAUCAACAUCCUUGCACUCGGCUGGAUCUCAUUCGAACUCGUCUUGUUCUCCAUGCCUCCGGCGAUUCCGGUGAGUCCAUCGACGAUGAACUAUGCCAUUGUCGUGUUUAUUGGCUUCAUGAUCAUAAGUGCUGUGUGGUAUCGUAUUCAUGCUCGACACGUGUAUAAAGGCCCUCCGAGUUCUGAUGGUUUAACUGCCAAGGCUCAGUGA